GGAUCUCAUUGAGCCACCCCGAUGACGCGGUGACCCCACAUUGUCUCCCCCAAGAACUGCAUCCCAUCAUCACCCCCAAAAACCAGCAAUCUUUGAGUCCCUCCAGCACCCACUGGGUGAUGCCCACCCUGGCAAUGCGGGCCGUGAGUCACGGCAGGGGACAUGCGGCCAGCCCACCCCUGCACCCCAAAUUCCGCACCCUCCAGCCCCACCAGCCCCCACUGCCCCUCACCAGGGCAGGGGUGUCCCCCCAUGUCCCCCAGUGCCCUCCAUCCUCUCCGGCUCAGGGUCCCCGGUGCAGCGAGGCCGGGGUGCAGCGAGCGGUGGGAUUGGGGUGCCGCACCCACAGACACCCAGCUGGGCUCAGCGUGUCCCCUCUGAGGGCUGGGGUCACCCGGAUGCCCCUUGGGGGUCCCAUGCAUCUCCUUCCUCCCCUCAUCCCCAAGUCCAGUGUUCCCCCAUUCCCCCCCUACUCUGGCACUUUGGGGUCCAGACCGAGCACCCCCACCCUGGGGACCCCUUGUGCCCCCAGCUCUGACAUGACAGAAGCCCCCCACCACAGGGGGGCUGUGUCCCCGUGCCUCAGUUUCCCCGCCUCUUGGACGGAGGGUGGCUUUGCUCCCCGCUGGCCGGCCCGUGAUGGGACCCCGCGGUGGGCGCGGUGCUGCCUCACCCGCGCUCGCCCUGUGCCCGCCGGGGCUCCCGCGCAGGUGGGAGCGAAGCGGCAACAGAAACAACCGAGAAGAGGGAAGAGGAAGAAGCGCGGCGAGGAGCGGCGGCGGCGGAGGACGAGGCCGGUGCCGGCGGCCCCGCCGGCGCUUUGCGGGGGCUCAGGGCACCCCCGGGCACCCACCGCAGACCCCCAGGUGCCCACCCCGAAGUCUGAAGUUCGCCGGCAUGGCCAAAACCACCUCGCUGAGCUGCCGGGUGCUGGAGGGGAAGGACCUGCCCGCCAAGGACGUGUCCGGCUCCAGCGAUCCCUACUGCGUGGUCAAGGUGGACAACGAGGUGGUGGCCAGGACGGCCACGGUGUGGAAGAGCCUGAACCCUUUUUGGGGUGAGGAAAUCACACUGCUUCUGCGCCAUGGAUUCCACAGCCUCACCAUCUACGUGCUGGAUGAAGACACCAUUGGGCAGGACGAUGUCAUUGGCAAGGUCUCGCUCAGCCACCAGCAGAUCUCGGCUGAGCCACAGGGCAUUGACCGCUGGCUCAGCCUGGCACCUGUGAGCCCCGACCAGGAGGUGCAGGGUGAGAUCCACCUGGAGCUGCAGGUCCCCGAGCGGGGCCACCCGCGGGUGCUGCGCUGCCACCUCAUCGAGGCCAGGGACCUGGCCCCCCGGGACCCCUCGGGCUCCUCGGACCCCUUCGGCCGGGUGUCGUGCUGCGGGCACACGUUGGAGACAGCCGUGAUUAAGAAGACCCGUUUCCCGCACUGGGAUGAGGUGCUGGAGUUCGAGCUGCCAGAAGGGGAGCUGGGAGAGGCUGUGCUGAGCGUGGAGGUUUGGGACUGGGACAUCGUGGGCAAGAACGACUUCCUGGGGCGGGUCGAGUUCUCCUUGGACACCGUCUGCCCAGGCCCCACCAGGGGCUGGUUCCAGCUCCUGCCCUUCCCCAGCACCACCAAGGACCACGGGGGACAGCUGGGUGCCCUGAGGCUGGCAGUGAGGCUGCUGGAGGACACGGUCCUGCCCCCCCAGCACUACCAGCCCCUCAUCCAGCUCCUCACCGAGCCCGUCCUCUGCCCAGCCCAGUCCCCCGAGGGCACAGCCCUGGCUGUCCUGGAGGAGGUGACCUCAGGGGAGAGCCGGCAGGACGUGGCCACCAAGUUGGUGAUGAUCUUCUUGGACCAGGGGCUGGCUGUGCCCCUCCUGGACUACCUCACCACCCGCGAGCUGGCCAGGACCACUGAUCCCAACAUCCUGUUCCGCUCCAACUCGCUGGCCUCCAAAUCCAUGGAGCAGUUCAUGAAGGUGGUGGGGCUGCCCUACCUGCACGAGGUCCUGAAGCCGGUGGUGAACCGAAUCUUUGAGGAGAAGAAAUACGUGGAGUUGGAUCCCAGUAAGAUGGAGCUGAGCCGGGGCAGGAGGAUCUCCUUCAAAGGGUCCCUGUUGGAGGUGCAGGUGCGGGAGAGCAGCCUGGAGCUCCUGAAGGGCUACCUGGGGGACAUCGUCGAUGCCAUCGUGGGCUCGGUGGACAGGUGUCCCCUCCCCAUGAGGGUGGCCUUCAAGCAGCUCCGCAGGCGGGUGGAGGAGCGAUUCCCCUCGGCUCAGCACGAGGAGGUCCGGUACUUCUCCAUCAGUGCGUUUCUCUUCCUUCGCUUCUUCGCUCCUGCUGUCCUCACCCCGAAGCUCUUCCAGCUCCGGGAGCAGCACGCGGAGCCCUGCACCGGCCGCACACUCCUGCUGCUUGCCAAGGCGCUGCAGAGCAUCGGGAACCUGGGGCUGCAGCUGGGGCAGGGCAAGGAGCCAUGGAUGGCCCCAUUGAACGCCGUCCUCCUGCCCAGUGUCACCCGUGUCCGGGCCUUCCUGGAUGCCCUGGUCACCGUGGAGAGCCCCAAGGCAGGGGAGGUGCCAGUGCCACAGGGGCAUCCCCAACCCUCGGCCACCAUCAAGGAGGGUCCCCUGCACACCUGCCCGGAGCAGGGGGUGGCACUGCUGCCCCGCUUCGCCUUCAAGAAGAGGCACUUCAGGCUCAGCACCCAGGCCCUGGCCUGUGCCAAGACCCCCGGGGGGCAGGUGCUCAGCUCCAUCCCAGUGGAGCAGAUCCGGGCAGUGGAGCAGGUGGACAAGGGUGCCUUCCAGCACCCCCACGUCCUGCAGGUGGUGGCACAGGAUGACACCGGGCAGCUCCACACCACCUACCUCCAGUGCAAGCGCCCAGCCCGGGUGCCUGCGGGUACCCUUGGGUGUGCCCCGUUCCUGCUGUCCCCGCAGAGUGCCCUGGAGCUGUGGCAGUGGCUGUGGGCGCUGCGCCGGGCCACCAGCGCCAACAGGGACACGCUGCCCACGUGCCACCCCGGCACCUUCCGCGCCGGCCGCUGGACCUGCUGCCUGCGGCCCGCCCGUGCCGCGCCCGGGUGCAGCCGCACCCACGGCACGGUGGUGCUGGGAGAGUGGAGCGACCUUGGGGACCCCGCGGUGGCAGCACAGAGCCUCUACGGGCACCUGCGGGCAGCGCUGGCCGGGGGUCCCGUGGGCAGCGCGGGGGCCGGGCCACCCUGCCCGGGCCAGGCAGGGGGGCUUGUUGGGGACAGGCUGCAGAAGGUGCUGCGGGACUUGGACAUCGCCCACGACGCCUUCACCGACCGCUACGAGACCCCAGAGCCGCCCCCAAAGCCCCUCCCUGCCCUGAGACCCCCGGCACCCCCCAGCGCCUCCCCCUCGGCCCACCCCGGGAGGGGCAGGGACGCCAGCGGGGCCACAGAGGGGACGCGGGGACAGCAGCCCGGCACGGGGUGUAUUCUGUAACACAGAGAUGGACACG